AAGAAAGCCUGUUGUCCAGCGCAAAAUUUGACUAGUGCGUCACUCCAUGGAGUCUGGAGCGAUAUCUGUAGCUGUUUCUUUGUUUAAAGAGACAUUUCCUAGUUUGGAUGACGAUAUCUCUAGCUACAUAGAAAGCAUUCUCACUGAAAAUGCCGAGCAUUUUGACUCUGAGGGUGAUGUGCAUGACGCAAUCGGCGGAGUUUUAGAUGGAUUUCACCGUCAAAAUAGUGACCAAGAAAUAAAAACUUUAUGCAAAAAGAUUUAUCAUUUGAUGAGGCCGUACGUUGUUUUGGUUUAACGUUGUUGGCACAGGUCUGACGGAUUUGUUGAAAAACAAAUUACUUUGGAUGCUCCAGUGCAGAUGGCAAGUUUACUGGAUACAUUCAGUGAAAGAGUGGUUGACAAUUCUAGUAUCUGGAUGAUGAAGAAACAAAACAGUACUAUCGUUGAUUCUAAAAAAUUAGAAAAGGCUGAGGCUAAAAUAAAAGAAAAGCAGCUGAAGAAAGCAAUUAUCGGAAGACCUGGUAAUGCAGGGAAGGCCAUCGAGGUCAAGGAGAAUGAACGCGCUACAGUUAGUCAACAAGCUGACCGACGGGAACUAGCCUCAUUUUCAAAUGUAGUAUCUCACGUAGGGGAUAUUCGUUUGGAAAAUUUUGACAUUGCUUAUGGUAGCAGAGUUCUCUUACAAGGUGCUAAUCUGUCUCUCACGUAUGGUAAGAGGUAUGGUCUGGUGGGACGAAAUGGUUUCGGCAAAACAACUUUGCUUCGAUCGUUAGCCAAGGGAGAUUUGCGCUUACCACCUGGUGUCCGCGUACUACAUGUAGAACAAGAAGUUGUUGGUGAUUCCCUACCUGCGUUGGAAAGCGUUCUUCAAGCCGAUAUAGAAAGACAUACCCUUCUUAUUGAAUUGGCUCGCCUUCAGGCUGAAAUGAAAACGAGUUCUGGCACAGAUCCAGGUUUAUCUAAUAGCGCAAGCACAAUAGAAUCUCGGGUUGCAGAGAUUUAUUCUCGCUUGAAUGCAAUCGAAGCAGAUAAGGCUCCAGCUCGAGCUGCUGUCGUUUUACAUGGUCUUGGUUUCAGUCAGGAAAUGCAGAGUAAGCCUACAAAAGAAUUUUCCGGCGGAUGGCGUAUGCGUUUAGCUUUAGCACAAGCACUUUUUGCAAAACCAGACCUACUUUUGCUGGAUGAACCUACCAAUAUGCUUGAUAUGCGCGCAAUAAUUUGGUUAGAAGACUAUUUGCAGUCCUCGUCCAACAUCCUUUUGAUUGUCUCACACGAUCGAAGUUUUUUAAAUACAGUCGCAACUGAUAUAAUUCACUUGAAUUGCAAGCGUUUGGAUGCAUACCGAGGCAAUUAUGAUGCUUUUGAGCAAGCUCGUUCUGAAAGAUUGCUAAAUCAACAAAGGGAGUACGAGUCAUUGAAAGCUGAACGAGAGCAUAUACAGCAAUUUAUAGAUAAAUUUCGUUACAAUGCAAAACGUGCAUCCCUGGUACAAAGUAGAAUUAAGCAUUUAGAAAAGUUGCCACCAUUAAUUCCUCCUGAAAAAGAAUUAAAAGUUGUGAUUCGACUGCCAGAUUGUGAGAAACUUUCUCCUCCUUUGUUACAACUUGAUGAAGUCUGUUUUCAUUAUGUACUGGACAAACCAAUUUUAAACCAUGUCAAUUUGAGCAUUUCACCAGAUUCACGAAUCAGCAUUGUUGGUGAAAAUGGUGCAGGUAAAACGACAUUACUUCGGCUUCUUCUAGGUGAGUUAGAACCGACUUCAGGAUUACGCCACGCACAUCGCAGUUUACGUAUUGGCUACUUUAGCCAACAUCACGUUGACCAGCUGGAUUUAAAAUUAAGCAGUUUAGAAUUUUUGAUGAGGAAGUUCCCAAACCAGACUGAACAAGUUUAUCGUUCUCAGUUGGCGAAUUUCAAUAUAACGGAAAUGCUUGCUCUUCAACCAAUCGGCAGUUUGUCAGGAGGACAAAAAUCAAGAGUUGCAUUUGUUGCUAUGUGUAUGUCCAGUCCAAAUUUGCUUGUUCUCGAUGAACCGACAAAUCAUCUAGAUGUGGAAACGAUUGCAGGCUUAUCUGAUGCUUUGGUUAAUUUUCCCGGUGGAGUUGUACUUGUUUCACAUGACGAACGUUUAAUUCAAGCUGUAUGUAAUGAAGUAUGGGUGUGUACACGCAUGGGUUUAAGUCCUGUUGACAGUGCUAAAGGAAGUCGUGUACAUUCAUUACCAGGUGGCUUGGAAGAAUACAAAAAAGCUGUUCGAGUUGAACUGGUUCAACUAAAAUUGUAAUCUAUUAAGAUAAAAUUUGUAUGAAAUAUUCUGACGUUUUAUUAUUAUGCAGGUCUUCAAGAUGGAUUAUAAUUUUGGCUGUGCUUCAUUAUUCUUCACCUGUUUGCUUUCAGUGAAAAUUUUUUUACUUGGAAUAGAUAUGGUUUAUUUUUUUGUUUGUUUUACUUAGUUGGCUGCAGUUGUUUAUUGUCUUUUGUUAGGAUACAUUUGGCUGUUUCCUAAUACGCUGCGUCUUUUGUACACGUCCGUCAGCUAGUUUAUUUAAAAAUCUCGUUUGCCAUGUAAAGGUUUAUGUGGCCAGCUUUGAGUCACAUAGUUUACUCGAGGAUUAGCUAGUGGUACUACCGGGUUGCUAAAACUGAAAUAAUGGAGGGGGUCCAGACGUUGGACUUGGAGUCAGACAAUAACAUUCAACAUAUGCAAACUAACGGUAAAGUCGAAGAGGUGUGGAUAUCAUUAUUUAUCAUAUAAGAACUUGUUAAUAAUGCAUAAAGUGAAGAUGUCAUAGCGUAGAAAAUUUUUUUUCGAAUAUCUCAUUUCCCAGAUACAACCGUAUUUAAAAUUACUUUUAUAUAUAAUGGGCUGUAAUAUAAAUAAAGAGCUUAAUGUGUCAUUAACAGAGCCACUGAAAGUCGGUCAGAAUUUUAAGCUACGUAUCAGUCAAAUGGUAUUAAUAAUGAGAUAACAUAUAGGAACGAGAUGUAAAAGAUUAUCCACCAGAUCAUAAGGAAAAUGAAAAUAUGGACAAACAUGAGUCUAUUAUGCAUGUUAAAAAUAACUUUAAGUAUCAUUGUACAACCUCAGUAAGUGAUAUUAUCGAAAAUAAAGUUUCGAUUUUGUUGACUGCUUCAAUAGUUUGUUUUCGUUAUUUCAAAACCAAAAAGUCUUUAAUUGUGCUACUGCAACAGUGGUACAGAGUACAAUCAUCGAGGAGUUCCUAACCACAAACUCUUUCUUAUGAAUACCACAUUCAAAUAGAGGACUCUACCAAGGAUAGAUAAAUUAGUAUACUAGACAAUAAUCCCAGUAAUCCUAUGAGAUACCUAGGUCAUUUGGUGUAUGUAACUUAAUAUUAUGUUUCGUUUUUUCUCAGUUAAUAGCCGAAAUUAUUGAUUUACAAUCCUAUUGUCACCCAGUCGAUAAAUAAAUACAUAAAAAAUUUAUGUACAGGAAGAAAACUGUUGUUCAUUAUUAUUAACAAGCGUGAUAAUUGUACACAACCUACUAGAUACUCAAUCUGGCCUUCGUUUUUAUUGUUUGCUGAAUAAAUAAAACCAUAUCAUUGAAAGCGUAAUUUAAAGGAAAAACAAAAUAAGCUGAAGAAUAGAAAAUAAAAGUGAAACUGAAUGGAAUUGAUAACAAUAAUAACAGCGGCAACAACACUGCAGAGUGAAACUAGUAACGAAGAGAGAGAGCAAUAAAGAAAAAUAGAGGUUUUAUUCAAGUUCUCAAAAUUUACAUUCAAUGUAUUCUCAUAAAUAAUUUUCUGAGGAUUAAAGAUAAAUGAGAAAAUAACGAAAGACAUAUCAGUUAAAUAGUUGAAUAUUCAUCCCAAGUUAAUUAAUGAGCGAAAAAACGGUUUAGAAGUGCACCAUAACAGGAGAAAGGCAAAUAAUUGCUUUGAAAUUAACAAGUUCUCACUUUUCAUAAUUUACACACUUUUUAAUGUGCUUAUGUGCAAGCUGAAUAAAUAAAUCUACCUUUUGUC